AUUUUAACAAGUUUUUAGUGAGUUAUAAAAACUUGUAAAUGGAUAAGUUAUUAUUAAAUUGAUAUAAACUUUGGUAAAUAAAUUAAAACUUCACUAUAACUAGUGUGUAUAUGGAUAUUAAAUCGUGUUUAUCUGAAAUUUAACUUUUUAUUGAUUUACGAAUUUCAUCCUAGUAUUGGCCUAACACUGAAUGGGUCUAACAGUUCAUCUGGAAUUUUGCAAUUGUUAAGCUGAUAUGAUUAACAAGUGAUUUUAUAUUUUUAAUUAAGGAAAAUAUACAUUCAGAUAUAUCGGUUUUAGUUGAUCUCAGAACUAACCUGAAGUGGAUUCAGUACGGAAAUUGAUGAAUGAACCUUUCUUCUUUUUUGAAAAAAAAAAAAAAAUAGUUUUUGCACUGCAUAUACAUAGUUUCCUAUAUGUAUUGUUUGAAAAACUUGAGUAAUGAAUGACGUUAGUAAAGCUAUCCACCAAAGUAUGGAAGUUCCUCAUUCCAGAUCUGGAAGUCUUCAACAUCCAACCUCACUUCCUCUCACAAAUACUGCAGCACCAAUGAGUCCGGGUAGCCCAAGUCAGAAUGGUGAUUCUCAUUUAGUGAAAUCUCAAGCCUCUAAAAUAGAAACUAUAAAAAAUUGGAGUAUAUCAACUUAUAAAUGUACCAAACAGCUAAUGUUUGAAAAAUUGGGAAAAACUUCAAGAACUGUUGAUACAGAUUUAGAAAGGCAAAUUGAACUAUUGAGAGAUACACAGAGAAAAUACUCUAAUAUACUUCGUCUUUCACGAGCUCUUGCCAGUCACUUUUAUCAUGUAGUUCAAACCCAGCACGCUUUAGGAGAAGCAUUUUCUGAUCUGGCUCAGAAAUCUCCUGAACUUCAAGAAGAGUUUUUAUAUAACUCUGAAACUCAACGUAAUUUAACGAGGAAUGGUGAAACCCUUUUGUCAGCUCUCAAUUUUUUUGUAUCAUCAGUUAAUACACUAUGUAACAAGACAAUAGAAGACACUCUUCUCACUAUUAGACAGUAUGAAUCAGCCAGAAUUGAGUAUGACGCAUAUAGAACUGACUUGGAACAACUGGCACAGGCUCCUAGAAGUGAAGCUACUUCAGCUCGGCUUGAAGAAGCACAAUUAGCUUUUGAAGCUCAUAGAGAUGCUUUUGAAAAACUUAGGGCAGAUCUCACAGUAAAACUUAGAUUUCUUGAUGAAAAUAGAAUUAAAGUGAUGCAUAAACAGCUAUUGCUAUUUCACAAUGCUAUUUCGGCCUAUUUUUCUGGUAAUCAGCAGUCUUUAGAAGCAACACUGAAGCAGUUCAAUAUUAAAGUUAAGUCUCCGAAUUCAAAUUUGCCCUCUUGGUUGGAGCAGUAGUCCAGGCUCACCAAUGUCCUCAUGGCAAGAUCUUAUAAUAAUGUUUGAUUAGCCAUGAGUACGUUAAUGACUUGAUUAUUAAUACUGAAUUGAAUACUGUGGUCAUUCUAUAUAUUAAUAGGGCAUGGUGGCUAUUCUGUGAUUCUGUCAUCCCUGAAAUGUUUUAAUCUUGAAUAUACAUAAAAUUAACUACUAAAACAUUGAGCAGCUCGGUAGAUUGUAAAAAAAAAAAUCAUUAUUUUAGUAUUGAUAUUUUAUUAAACAAGACCAGAAAUUUACUCUGAACAAACAAGUUGGAAAGAAAAAAUUAUUCUAUUUUGUUGACUUGUUAUUCUUAGAUUUAUAUUUUUAACUGAAACAUUCAAGAUCUACUUAGCGUAAAGUAGUCAUUGUUGACUUGGUUACCUUAUCUAGUCAUUUUACAUUAUUAAGCACACUAUUUAUUAUACUGUUAAGAAUGAUAAGUAUUAAUUUUUGCUUUUUGUUUGUAUUUUUAUUUUGCUUAUUAGAAUAUUAAAGAAAAAUUGUUUAGAAAACAAUAAUUGAAUGUGAUUAUAUUUUUGACUGAAACUUGAGAUAAAACAAUUAAUGGUAUUGAAAAAUAUUGAAUCAUACUAUAUGGUAUAAAGUAAAUGCGUUGGAUAAAUGUUUUCUCAGUUUUUAUGUUUAAAAUGAAAUAAACUAAUCUAAACUUCAAAUUCCUAGUUAUUGUAGGCAGUUAAUUUCUUAAAUUAAUUGGAUUCCUAUUUCUCUGUCAGUUUCUAAUCGCACAUCUCUGAGGAUAACAGACAAUUAAAUGAUAGUACAAUAAUUACACAACGUCUUAAUAAAGUUUAAAUAAUGGUCAUGUUUAGGAAUUAUAUUAUUUUUUCUCAACAUGUACAAAAAUAAUAGGGUGGUGAAUUACUACCUUGGUAUAUUGCACCAACUAUCCUGGGUCUGCAAAAUAACAAGUUUUGCUGGACUAAUAAGAAAUAAUGUUAAUAAUAAACUGAAUCAUUUGAUUCUCAUGAAGAAAAAAAUGAAUCAAAUAUUGUUUCAAUAUUUCUUUCUGGAUAUAUUUAUAUUUUUUGUAUCCUAGGAGGAUAGUGAAAUUAUAUACAUUUUUUAAAUUAUUGUAAAUGAUGUUUUUUUAGUUCUGAUCUAAAGAUAAAUUUUUGGUUAUUGAUCCAAGUAUUUACUGCUUUUGUGAUAGUUAUCUUAGUUCAUUGUAUUCAUUUAUAUAUAAUUGUCAAGCUUUCCAAUUCUCUUUGAAUUAGUUAUGACUUAUCAGCUUAUAUUUCUGUCUUUUUUAUUUAUGUACAUAUACAAUUAUUUCUAUGUACAUUCAUCAAAGUGUGUUUUAUGAUAUUGCACAAGUUCAUGCAAGUGAGUUUUCAUUUCUUUUAGAAGUAACACUAUGCAUUCUUCUGUUGCAUCCAUAUAAGGAAUAGUUUCAUAUUAAUUUUGCUUUUAUUUGAAUGAAAGGUCUGUUUAAAUCCAGUGAAUGUUUUUUUUCUUUUUCUUUUUUCCCGUUUUACCAAAAUUUCUAUAUAAUAUCAUUAAAAAAUUAAUUUGUCGUUUCUUUUAAUUAAACUUUAUUUAUUAAAUUAAUGAAUUUUUAUUUAUAAACAUUUAAAUAUAAUUAUAAAUGUUUGCAAUAUAGAUAUUAUAUUUUGAUCUGGUUGCAUUAUAAAGAAUGGUCUGGGUAUUAAUCUUAAUUACUCAUCACUGUGCUGUGUUAAUGUUACAUUCCAUUCAUUUCAUUUUAUUUUUAAUUAGGUGUAAAUGUUCAAAACCAAUGAUUAUUUACAAAUUAAAAUAAAUACACAUUACUUGUGCUUAAUAACGGAAAGAUGUGUCUUAGUAGAGUAGUCUCUCUUAUCCAGUGUCUACCAAGGGGGAUAAUACAAAUAUAUUGUUACACAAAAAGAGUGAGCAAUACAAUAUUACAACAACUUUCAUACUUGUGGUCUGACCUGUAGGACUACAUUAUAUAUCUGUCUGCCGUUUGAUAGCGAAUGAGUCCUGGAAGUACUGAGUAAUUGUAGACUGUGUGGAACACAAGUAUUCAUAUUCCAAGUUUAAUAUUGAACUUAGUCUAAUAACAUUGUUCGCAAACAUGAGGUAUGAGUGUUAUAAUAUAAUGGUACAAAGCAUAGGUGGGGAUCCUUUUUAUCAUUUGAGGCCGCAGUAAGGUUAAGGUAGUGCUAAUCGAAGGCUGCAACAAUUUUUUAUAUUUUACUGUUCUUAUUUUUAUUUGUCAUAUACAUAUAUUCAACUUAAUUCUAUUAAUUUUCGAAUUUUCGUUACCUAAAUAAUUAAAUAGUAAUUAAUCCUAGUGUUAGAUUAAUAAAUAUUAUGCAAAAACAUUUGGAGAGUGCAGUUCCCCAACUGUGGUAUACAGUACAGUAUAUGAAAACCAAUAAGGAACAUCUAAAAACAAAAUUAAAAAUAGGAGAAAAAAAAAAAUUUACAGCCAUUUUCUUAUAUUGGCUUUACUGACCAUGUAAAUCUUUUGCUGCCUUAACCAGCCUUCUUCAUCUCUACCUAUCUUGCGAUAUUUCUUUCUAUUAUCUGCAUGCAGCUGUGUUGCAUCUUGGUUGAUUCGAUCUAUCCAUCUAGUUUUUGGCUUUGUGGUCUCCUGCCUACUAUUAUGACAUUCAUUGUUGUGUUGAGGCAUACUGAUGGAUUGCUCCGACUGCUGUGCUGUGCCCAUCUUAAUCCCCUUGCCUUCAUAUCAAGAGAUUUUGAUUGGCAAGUUUCUGUAAGCAUUUAUUUAUUAGUCCUCCUGCAUAUAUUAGUACUCUGAUCCCAGAUUGCUCAGGUUAUCUUUAAAUAUUUGUUUCUAAGGUGCUGGUUAGUUUCCAGGUCUUUCAUAUUUAAAAUUAUUUUAUUAAAUGUUGAGAUAAUUGUAAAAUAAAAUUAUAUUUCACUCUUGAGUGUCAAUUAUAAAGUAUUAUUCCUGUAUUAAUAGUAUGAUUAUUAUUUUUACCGAUAAUUUUUAUUAUUUGCCUCCUUUUCGGUUACAGUAAUGAUGGAUAAAGAAGAGUCUACUCUACUGUAUUGUGAUAGAUUGCUUUUAACUUGUUUAGUUUUCUUAGGAACUUUUAUUUCUUUUAUCCAUCCAUAAUAUUGAUAUUGCUAAGUAUAUUUCUUGUUUUUGCUUUUGUGGUUUUUUAUUGCCGGUUAUUAAUAAAUUUAUAGUAUUUUGUUCUGUAGUAUCAUCAAUGUGUUAUCAAAACCAAAAACCCUUCCUACAUCCUGGAACUCUUUAAUCUAUUAUGAUCCUCUAUCCACUCUCCUAAUACCAGAUCUCAACCUAUAGAUUUAUAUAUCUCCUCCCAGCAAAUCCUUUGUCAUUUGUGUUACCUCCUUUUGGAACUCUCUUCCUACCUCCAUACAUAAAUCCUUGUAUACAAUUUAAUUUCAAUCUACUGUACAAUUGCAAUAACAAUCAACAGCUAAUUAGUUUGUAUUUUUUAUUAUUCUAAGCCAGAUUAAGACCCAUACAUUUGUAACUCUGUUAUUAUUCUUAGGGGACAGUAGUCCCGGAAUAAAAUUAUUUUUUCAUUUCAUUUAAUUUCAACCAGCUAUAUUGCUAACACUUAAAGGUGUUUUCUAAUUUGUACUCAGUAGGUUGGAGAUGUUUUUAAUUUAAUAAAUAUACAUUACUCCAUGUAUACCAGCUUUUGAUAUGUAUUCCAUCUAUAGUAACUUAACAAUAUCCAUCCUUCGAGAAUUCCAACUUUGUUUAUUAAAUAAGCUGUUAUUUAAUUUUUAUAUGAUGGUAAUAUCGUACUUAAUUUCUUGUUAAGAAUUAUUUAAGUAAUCUUUUUAAACCAGAUUAUCCGUAUUGGGCCUUGCCCUUUACAGAAGUUGUAUAUUAAAAAAUAUAGCCUUCUGAAUGUGUAAUAGAAAUAUUUCAUUGAAUGAAUGUAAGAAUAAACUAUUAAACGUUAUUGACCUAUUAAUAGAUUUACAUAUUAAGAAUUUAUGAAAUAAAGGCCUUUAUUAAUGAAAAUAUGAUAUCUGUUAUCAUUAUUUGUAAAUACCAUGAAAAUCAGGAUUGUAAUGGUAUGGUCUGUUGAAUAACAUCAGUAAUUUAUUUAUACUUUUAUAAACUACUAGGUCAAGCAUUUAAAGUUAUAUAUGUUUUAUGAACAAAACUUGAUUAUUGUACAUGCAUUGAUUAAAUUAAACUUACAAUCCUGUAUAAAUACGUUUAUUAAUGAUUUAUUUUUCAGUCUAGUUUUUAUAAAUAUGUGAAGCUUUUCCUUUAUGUCCUUUAGAAGCUUAGAAAAAUGUCUUAGCAUUCAUCAAAUAUGUGAUAAAAUUGA